AUGCCUGUUAUUGAUUCCAGUGAUUUUGUUGAAGCACCAGAAGGUGAAAAAAGCUUGAAAUUGUCUGAAGAAAAGCAACAAGCCAAUUUUGAGUUAGGUGUCUCUAUGAUAAUAUAUUCAUGGGAAGCAUUAGAGAUUGCAGUUGCUAACCAAUGGGGUGGUGCACAAUCAGAAGCUAAAAGAGAUUGGAUAACAGCUAUUGUUAUUGAUCUAUUCAAUGAAAAAAUUGUUGAUGUGGAACUAGUAGAGGAAACAAUCCUAAAUGCUAUGGUUGAUGAAUUUGAUGUUAAUGUUGAAGAUGAUUCCUCAUUACCAAUUGCUGAUAAAGUUAUCAAGAUUUAUAGAAAAUGUGCUGAUAGAGAUUUUACAGAAGUUCGCCAAAUGUUUGAAUUAUGGCAACAAAAGCAACAAGAUAGAGCUUCAAGACAGCAAAACUUGAAUGUUACUAUAAAUGAAGAUCCAGAAAACCCAGAUGUUUCAGAUGAUGAUGAAGAGGAAGAUGAUGACGAGGAAGUUCCACAAUUAGCUGGUCAAUCAAUACAGGAGGAUGUUGAAAUGGGAGAUGCAGAUGAUGAACCAAAAGGACCUGUGGUUGAUGAUGACGGUUUUGAAUUGGUUCAAAAGAAAGGUAAAAAGAGAAACUAA